CUUCGCUUCCAGGGGCUCAUGGGUAUUCUCUUUCGGUGUACGAGAUUUAAGUAAAAAUGGCAGCCUCCUCUACCGUAGAAUGUGGCGAUUUUCUAGAAUUCCAGCUGGGCAUCAUAGUGCAAAGAAAUAUCUACCUUUGAGAUGCAGUCAUUUUUAUAUUGACAAUACUCUGGAGACCAGUUAUUGUUGUGGUGCAACUUAGUUGCAGUUGGACUCCCGGCCAGGAUGGAGAUGCAUUGAAGAAAAUGAGGACUGUUGAUGACAAAAUUGUGUAUAUGCUGAAUACAUCUAUACCAACAGAAUCAUUUAAAGGGCAAGUUGAUCCAACAGCGACAUGCAAACAGCUUUAUGAAGAGCUGAAAUCCAGUUAUGAUACAAGAGAAGCAGCCAUUAAAAAAUGUAUUACUUUAACUGCAGAGCGAGUCAAAGAGCUGAAGGUUCAAAGGGAAAGUAGAGUUGAUGAUAUAAGCCUCCUGAAGAAUCUACGGAAAGAACAAACAAAGCUGAGAUUGCUUCAGUCAGAACUGAAUGUGGAAGAAGUGGUGAAAGAGAGAAGCACAAAAGUGUACUAUGAACGAUGUCGACCGUUUUUCAAACCAGCAGACAUUGAAUUAUGAUGAACAGGCAUUACUAUCUUCUAGUCAUGUGCCUGGUAGUAGAGUAUGAAUUCUGUGAGAAGGAAAAGGGCACUUGUGGAUUGAUAUUCAGUUUGUAUCAAGAUUGUGAAGUGGACUGCUUAGAACAGGGUGAUUACAUGCACUUUUUUAAAGGAAAUUUUUGAGGAAGAAGAAGAGUGUCUUUCAUUACAUAGAAGAGUGAAUCAUCUGUUUAUUUACCUGCAAUAUUUUGAUAAACAGUGGUAUUACAACAUGGUCAGUAAUGUUCAUUUGUUGUUAUUCAACAUUUUGAUAAAAGAUUAUAUUACAAGGUUGUUGCUAGUGUUCAUUUGAUUUAAUUAUGCAGACUUGCCCAGGUAGCAGUGAACGGAAUUAUAUUUUCCUUAAAAUAAAAUGAGUCUUUAAUACCAACAGGUACAUUUAUAAUGAAUCACUUUUCGUGUGGUAAACAUUUUUCUGCUUGAAUUAAAAGCAAAAAAAAAAAAAAAAAAAAAAA